GAUAGUUUUGCAUGUGUAUUUACUGUUAAAUAAAAAUAAACAAUACUAUGAAUUCAGAGAGCUCCAAUAGUCCUAUUAGUGAAAUAAAUGAAUCGCAAGACGAGGAGAAAACUGAGGAAAAACUAACACCACAAAUAAUAUCUUGCCCAGCCUUUCAACGCCAAAUACGGGAUGUGGUGUUCACCCUCAUCCCUGAAGUGCCAAAACUUAGGGACUUGUACCUAAGCUGGGAAUCACUCUCGACUCAGGACAAAGCGGUUAUUGACGAGUAUGGGAAGUCUCGUGGUAACUCGCCUGGGAUGGAAUUGUACAAACCACUUGUGGACGCCCUCAAGUACUGGGAUGACGUUCAGAACACCCAAGGAGCCCCUGGUUGUGAUGCUGGACUGGUGACUCUAAGUGGACAUCCCCAGAUAGAAGCUGCACUGACCAGCGUGGUGUGUACUCUGGAAUGUCUAGUGAAACGUCUACACUCAGAGACAUCUACUCAUCUCCCAUCCAUGAGCGAUUCCCGACUCACUACGUCUUUGGUAUCUGUAUUCGAAGAUGAAAAGGACAGAGGAGACAGUAGUUUAGUAGUGGUUUACGAAUCUCGCCACAAAAGAUCUCUUUCAUUGGACGACAUACCAAACACAUCGGAUAAGACAUCACUAUUGUCUCUGUGAGUUUAUUUAUUUUUCUUGAUGCUCAUUAUGUUUUCUACAGUACCUAUAUACUUUAUCCUCCUAUAAUAUUAUAUUACAAGAUGUAAAUUUUUUUAAAUAUU